CCUGUACCAGCAGAAGCUCCAGAACUCUGCCAUACUCGCCUGCCUCUGCGGCAUCUUGGCCCACUGAACAGCCAUGAGAAGGCAACUCCGCUCCAGAAGGGCUCCGGCCUUUCCCUACGGUUAUCGCUACAGACUUGAUGAUCAGGAUGAAGUGAAUCAGAACUACUUAGCAGAUGAGGAGGAGGAAGCAGAAGAAGAGGCUCAGGUCAUGAUGGUACCUGGUCUGGAGGAAGAGGAAGAAGAGGAGGAAGGAAAAGAGGAGGAGGAAGAAAGGGAGGAAGAAGGUCAGGGUCAGCCCACAGGCAAUGCCUGGCAGCAGAAAUUACAGAUCGUGACUGAAUACCUGUGGGACCCGGAGAAAAGGAUGUCUCUGGCCCGAACAGGUCUGAUUUUAGUCAUUUACUUCUUCUUCUAUGCCUCCUUGGCUGCUGUGAUCACCCUAUUCUUGUACAUGCUGUUCCUAGCCAUCAGUCCCUACAUGCCAACCUUCACCGAGCAGGUGAAACCUCCUGGAGUUAUGAUCAGACCCUUCGCUCAUAGCCUUAACUUCAACUUCAACGUUUCCGAACCUGAAACUUGGCAGCGUUAUGUGAUUAGCUUAAAUGGCUUUCUCCAGGGCUAUAAUGACAGUCUUCAAGAGGAAAUGAAUGUAGAUUGUCCUCCGGGACAGUACUUCAUUCAAGAUGGAGAUGAAGAUGAGGACAAGAAGGCCUGCCAAUUUAAGCGCUCCUUCCUGAAGAAUUGCUCUGGGCUGGAAGACCCUACUUUUGGAUACUCUACUGGACAGCCUUGCAUCCUCCUCAAGAUGAACCGGAUUGUAGGCUUUCGGCCUGAGCUUGGAGAUCCUGUUAAGGUGUCCUGCAAAGUUCAGAAAGGUGAUGAAAACGACAUUCGAUCCAUCAAUUACUACCCAGAGUCAGCUUCUUUUGACCUCCGCUACUACCCUUACUAUGGCAAACUGACUCACGUUAACUACACCUCCCCCCUGGUGGCAAUGCAUUUUACAGAUGUGGUGAAGAACCAAGCAGUGCCUGUACAAUGCCAGCUGAAGGGCAAAAGCAUCGUAAAUGAUGUCAUCAAUGAUCGUUUUGUGGGGAGAAUAGUCUUUACCCUGAACAUAGAAACCUAGGAACUCCAGGGGCCAUUCCCACCAGUUCUGGUUCUGUUUUGUGUUAGUCCUGGUAGCACCUCGAUUCCUUUUUCUUCAGUUAAGACACAACCAGAUGGAAGCCUAAGAUAGCAGAUCAUCUUUCCUUGCCUUUGAUGUGUGUAUGAAGUGAUAUUGUGGGAGCU